GGAUGGCGAAAAUAUGCUCAUCAAUUUCGCGACAAGCCUGCAUCUUAUCUCACCAGCUUCGCCAUCUUGCAUGAACUUACAGCCAUUGUACCUCUACCCCUAGUAUACUAUUUCCUCGAUUAUACUCAAUUGAAUAUCCCCGUACCAGAAGACGCUAUUACGGAAGGCAACCGGGUGAUUUCAAAAAUGCGUACAAAAUAUGGCUAUGAACCAUUAGACCCCAACAGUCGAGUGAUGUUUAAUAUGGUGGCCUCGUACGCUGUGGUUAAGGCCAUUCUCCCUCUUCGUAUAGCUGCUUCCGUUGCCAUGACACCG